GUCUUUAUUCUGCCACAAUACUGAAAGGUCGACAAAAUAAUUACUUGAUAAAAUAAGAUUCCAAGAUUUUCUUACAUACAUAGUUAGUUACAAGUGAAGCUAAUAUAAGCGUGUUAAAAAAUGGGUUUGCUGUGUCAAAUAUUAAUCAAUAGAACAGACGAAGGUGUGUUCAGAUCUGGACAAACUGUAACAGGAACACUGAAGUAUUAUAUAGAAAAACCAACGAGAUACAAUAGUAUCGAUAUUUCGUUUGUAGGCAAAGGCCGUUGCGAAUGGAGCGAAGGGAGUGGAAAAAGCAGAACAUACUAUAGCAACAAAGAAAAAUAUUUUACUGCACAACAGAAUUUAUACACUCCCAAAGGUGACGAAAUGCUGAAACCUGGAUCAUUUGAAUAUCCAUUUGAGUUCAUAGUGCCAUACAAUAUACCAUCGUCCUUUAAGAAUUCCACAUGUACAAUAGAAUAUAAAGUGAUCGUGAAAUUUGCUAAAAGAAAACUAUUUAGUUCUGGUGACAGCUUUGAAACUGUAAUUCCUAUUAGUGGUUGUGUUAGCUCAUCACUCCAAGAGCCUUUAUUAUUUGGGUUAAGAAAAACCCUCACGUCUUUUAAAUCAAAGAGUAAAGUAAGAGUGAACGCAGAAAUAGACAAAGUUCUAGUUGCCCCGGGAGAGAACUUUAAUCUGAGGCUCACGAUAUUCAACGACUCAAAUGUCUCUCUAAUCGUCAUAACAGAACUCUUGACAUUCUUCACCUAUGUAUCUGAUUGUGGACAUACAAUGGUUGAGUCGGUGCCUAUAGAAGCGACAAAAUCAAAUUCAACAAAAAUAAAGGCAGAAAGUAAGACGGAACUAGUAUGUAAUGUACCAACAUUAACGAGUAUGUACUCGAUACAGCAUACAAAGAUACUGAUAGGACAAUAUAAGGUGAGAGUUAUGGUGAAAUUACCAUUUCCUCAUGUUAAUGCUGCAGUGGCGAUACCGGUGGAAAUUGGACAGAUUGGAAAUCCUCCCCAGAUUGUUGUUCCUCCAGAUCUUGAGAACCCCUCUACUUCCUACGGUCUAACAGAAAAGAAUUACAGAUUCAAACAUGAAGAGAAUGGUAACGAUUUUAAAAAUUGCAAUGAAAAAAUAAAAUCAGAAUAUGAAAGUGAAAAAGGUGACGAAAAUGAAGACAGUGAUGAAGACGGUAAAACUUAUUAUGAGCAAUUUGAUUUAGAAUAUACAAAUGACGAAGAGUUAAUAAAAUAUGUUGACAAAUUGAAAUUAGAAUAUACAAGUGAGGAGAACAAUCAUGAGUUUGAAGACGAUGACAGCGAAAUUGAAUUGGAAGACGAUAGGGGAAAAAAUUGUGCCGCAUCACCGAAAUGAAAAACUACAAGAAAAUAAGGACAAUAAUAAAGAUUUGACUAGUCGAGGUAAAUAACUACCAAAUCGUCGACUACUUACUUUAUUCCAAUAAAUGUUUGGGUCGGCUUCCUAUCAAUGAAGCAAGAUGCAGCUGUGUACAGUAUUUUAGCGAAUAUCUUGCCAAAUAUUUUUGUAAUUUCUAUAGCGUUGUGAAUUUAAGUAAAAUCAUUGAUAUGAUCUUAAUAAACAUGUUUUAUGUGUAAA